GAUACAAAAAACCAUCACGUGACUUAUGCCAAUGACAAGAUGUUCAAGAUGGAUUGACUGGUUAUGUGGUUUUAUUUUGUAUUUUUAUUGUUUCAAAACUGAUAUAAGUCAGUAUUUUUUAGCUCGUAUUCAUAUCAGUGAGCUUCUUGAGUUUGACUUCAUCAGAGCUUAACUUCGUUAAUUUUAAAUUAAUCCGGUAUAACACCAUCACUUCAAAAAUGGGUCACCCUGGAAUAAUGAAGUUAUUCAGUCAAGGAGUCCUUCUUAUCCUUGUAGCCUUAGGAGUCACCGUGUCCAUCGUAGAGUCAUCGGAGCAGAGCACUAUUAUAGAAUUCAAUAUCGAGCAGAUUAGACGGUUUGACGAAUUUGAAAAACGAACGAUUGCACACGACCGACACGAUUACUCCGGUGUAUAUCGUCCAUCCAAAUGGAAACCAAAGUUACAGCUACCGAAAUUCAAUUAUGGAACACCAAUAUCUUCCGAUCCGAUUGAAAAUCAAGAAAGUCAAAGAGGCUUACGCAAAAUAGACGCACGCGAAGUAAUCACUAGUAUUUUUGUAACAAGCUUCAUUCACCUUGUAUUGUUUUUCAAACAGUUGGUGGCGGAUAUGUUUCACGGUUUAAAUCAACUCUAUUUCUUUCGAUAGACCCAUACUAAAUCUAGUGGGACAUUAACCGUUUCUUGUAAAAUAAAUGUGAAUAACAAAAUAUUUAUUUUAAAUAAAAUUCUCUGAGUGCG